GCCUAGGUUACGCUGCGCUGGUCGCUGCUUUAUCCUCUCCCUCUCUCUCUCUCUCUCUCCCCUCCUCCUCCUCCUCCUUCUCCUCCUCCUCCUCUCUCUCUCUCUCUCUCUCUCUAAAUCCAUAACUUGCUGUUUUGGCAAUUCCGGAGGGUUCGAACGAAGAAUCUCAAAGAAAAACACAUUCAUGGCGUCUCAGGCCGCCAAUCUGUGGGUUCUGCUGGGUUUAGGUUUGGCUGGAAUUCUCCUGAUGACAAGGAAGCUGAAGAAAACCAUCAGAGAAGACUUUGGCGCCUUUGUUGAGCGGCUUCAACUUCUUCCUCCGCCACAGCCUGCUCCUCCCAAGGCUCCGCACCCCCUCACCGGCCUCACCUUCGCUGUCUCCGACGUAUUUGAAAUUGAGGGACAAGUAACUGGUUUUGGUCAUCCUGAUUGGGGAAGAACACAUGAUGCAGCUUCCCGGACGUCGCCUGUGGUUUCCACUCUUGUCGAAGGAGGUGCCACAUGCACUGGGAUAACUGUUGUGGAUGAAUUGGCAUAUAGUAUUACUGGAGAAAAUAAGCAUUACGGUACCCCCACCAAUCCAGCAGCAUCUUCAAGAAAACCAGGUGGAUCCUCUAGUGGAGCUGCUGUGGCUGUAGCCGCUGAUCUUGUUGACUUUUCACUGGGUCUUGAUACUGUUGGUGGUGUUAGAGUACCUGCUGGGUCUUGUGGCAUCAUUGGAUUCCGAGCUUCACAUGGCUCUGUUUCUCAUGCUGGAUUUAUACCUGUUUCUACAAGUCUGGAUACUGUUGGAUGGUUUGCUAGGGAUCCUAAUGUCCUGCGUCGUGUUGGACACGUGCUGCUGCAACUUCCUUAUGCAGUUUCACGCAGUCCAAGACAAAUUGUAAUAGCUGAUGAUUGCUUUCAAGAAGUAAAGAUUCCUGUUGAUAGGAUUGUUCAAGUGGUUAUCAAAUCCACUGAGAAGCUUUUUGGAAAACAAGUGUUGAAACAUGAAAAUAUUGGGGACUACUGCAAUUCAAAAGUUCCAAGCUUGAAAAAGUUUAAUGGCCAGAAGACAAAUGGUGAAGUAAAGACUUCAUCCCUCAAAUUGCUUGCCAAUGUUGUGCAGUUUCUUCAAAGGCAUGAGUUCAGACAUAAUCAUGGGGAGUGGAUUGAUUCGGUAAAGCCUGUUUUGGAGUCUGCAACUUCAGCGCAAAUAUGUGGGCCACUGGAGGCAUCCGAUGAGGAGAUUGAGAUAUGCAAAUCAAUUAGGAAUGAAUUACAGGCAGCUGUCAGCUCUCUAUUGAAGGAUGAUGGAAUUUUGGUUAUCCCAACUAUAGCAGACCCCCCUGCAAAACUUGGGGGGAAGGAGAUGCUCUCUGAGGACUUCCGGAAUCGUACUUUUGGUCUCUUAAGUAUUGCAAGCCUGUCCGGCUGUUGUCAGGUCACAGCACCUCUGGGAUUUUAUGACAAGUGCCCUGUUUCAGUUUCUUUCAUAGCCAGGCAUGGGGGUGAUCGCUUUUUACUGGAUGCACUGCACACUAUGUAUACAUCUUUACAGGAGCAGGCCGAUAUUGCUUCAAAAUCCAGAUCAUCCAAAAAUGCUCUCACCAAGGAACAAUCUGCUGAAAUUGCCAAGGAAAAGGGAAAUCAAGCAUACAAAGAUAAAGAGUGGCAGAAGGCUAUUGGCUUUUAUUCAGAAGCUAUCAAACUUAGUGGCAACAAUGCAACGUAUUACAGUAACAGGGCUCAAGCAUAUCUUGAAGUUGGAAGUUUCAUUCAAGCGGAGGCAGAUUGUACAAAAGCCAUCAACCUUGACAAAAAGAAUGUGAAAGCUUAUUUCCGAAGAGGCACUGCAAGGGAGAUGCUUGGUUACUAUAAGGAUGCGAUUGAAGACUUUAGACACGCACUUGUUCUUGAGCCAACCAACAAACGAGCGGCCGCUGCUGCUGAAAGAUUGAGGAAGGUAUUCCUGUAGCUUAUUGAAGUUCGCUUGUCCGUGAAAACCCCCUUUAAACUAGACAGUCAACAAUUGCCAUGUGUCUAUGCCAAUCGAAUGAGAAGCGGGAUGGAAGAGACUCCAGAGAAGUUGAGAAUCUUUACUCUUACGAUCACGGUGUUUAUUUUGGGGGCCUGGAUAAAUGUUUGGUCAGAUCAGUUUUUAGGAACCUUAGAUUAUUAUUAUUGUCGCCAAAAUUUGUACCUAACAGUCCAAUUUUGUUGCUUCGAUACGUUACAUUCGGUUGUAAUUCUAGCUUUUAGGUGAGGUUUGAAGCUGAUCAUGAGCACAGCCAUUACGAUAUUCAUCUCUGCCUUCACAUUGCAAUUUAUUGCAUUCGUUCUUAACUUGUA